AGGCCGCCUCAGUUCCGGCGCAGGUGACGUAGGCCACCGGUUGCCACCGCCUCUUCCUCUUCGACGGUGGCAGCGGGAUAGAGGCACCAUGAAGGCGUCUGGAGUUCUUCGGGAGUACAAGGUAAUUGGGCGUCUCUUGCCUUCACCCAAGAAACCAACUCCACCUCUCUAUCGUAUGCGCAUUUUUGCCCCCAACCAUGUGGUUGCAAAGUCCCGUUUCUGGUACUUUGUUUCACAGUUAAGAAAAAUGAAGAAGGCUUCAGGGGAAAUUGUCUACUGUGGGCAGGUUUAUGAGAAAUCCCCUUUGAAGGUGAAGAAUUUUGGCAUCUGGCUACGUUACGAUUCUCGUAGCGGCACCCACAACAUGUACAGAGAGUAUCGAGAUCUUACAACUGCUGGAGCUGUCACUCAGUGCUAUCGAGACAUGGGUGCUCGCCAUAGAGCUCGUGCUCAUGCCAUUCAGAUCAUGAAAGUGGAAGAGAUUGCUGCCAACAAAUGCCGCAGACCUGCCAUCAAGCAGUUCCAUAAUUCGAAGAUCAAGUUCCCUCUGCCACACAGAGUUCUUCGUCGCCAGCACAAGCCACGCUUCACCACCAAGAGACCAAACACUUUCUUCUAAACGUUAUAGCUAGAAAGCUGGGUAUUCAAUUUAAUAAAAAAUAUAAAUGACAGUGAA